GCGUAAAGGAAGGCAGGAAGGGAGAGCAAGGAACCGCUAGCAGCCCAACAACCCCAAUUAGCCAGCUCCACCAGCAAAAAGCAGAAAAGAAGAGAAAAAAUGCCAGACAUUGUUUUUGAUAUCAUCGGGACCUGUAUUGGCUACGACGUGAUGCUCGACGCCAUCUCCACAAGACUCGGGGACCGGUUGUUGGAGCACAACAUCAACGUCGAGUUGUUUUUCAACGCGUGGGGGACGGCGUGUGAGAGAGACUUUUCGUACCUCUCGCAGAUCGGACACUACCAGACCACGCGGAAGAUCCUCAGAGCAACCUUCUACAGAACGCUCUACCACGCCGGUAUCCAGGACCCGAAGGCGUUUGCCUCCGAGGACGAUUUGGACUUCUUGAGCAGCGAGUGGUUGAAGCUUAAGGCCAGACCGGAGCUCCCAGCGCUCUGGAAGCUCUUGAGAGACAACGGCUUCACCGUGUGGUGUUUGACCGACGGUGACCAGGAGCGUGUGAAAGGCUACUUCCGCAACUCCAACUUGGAGAUGCCGGACGAGAACGUGAUCUCGUGCGACUCCCUUGGCGUCGGCAAGCCGACGCCAGCCGUCUACGAGUACAUGCUCAACAAGCUUCCUAACCACGGCGCCGACUCCUGGUUCGCUGCCGCCCACCAGUGGGAUUGCUGUGCUGCCAAGAGCGCCGGCUUCCGCACUGCAUGGACCAACAUCUACGAGAAGUACCCCGGCGAGGACAUCUUUGGUCUUCCUGACAUUGUUGCCGAGGGCUUGCUCGACCUCGGUGAGAAGAUCGUCGCCGCUCAGAAGAACUCUAAAUAGAUCCCCAGCCAGUAGCACUAUCUUAUCUGAAGGCAAAUGCAUUGUUAGCAUCUUCUAAUCUAAUAUAAUCUUCUAAUCUAAUCUUCUAAUCUAAUCUUCUAACCUGAUCCUCUAACCUGAUCCUCUAACCUGAUCCUCUAAUCUAACCGUCUAAUCUAACCGUCUAAUCUGCGACUUUGGGAACCUACGAUUCGACCAACCUACCAAUCAACCUACCGACUAAUAGACGAACCAACCACCUACAAACCUUCCAACCUUAGAGUCGCCCUGGCGCAUAUGACCAAUCGGGAAACUCCCUCCUAUUUGCUUCCCCACACCGGCAACAUAUGAUAGAUAACUGUGCCAUCGUCGGGUCGCCAAGACCGGCCGCUGCGAAGCCCACGCCAGAUCCACGACAUAUCCUCCCCG